CGUUUACCAUCUUGCUUAGACGUGUGAUGACAAACACGCUCAGAACAACCCGACGCCCAAUGACGUGAGCAGCUUUUCCUGCAGAUAAACUCUUGCCAUGGUUGUUUGGAAGUAAAUUUGUUGUCUGCUAUUGGAUGGUACUUUUCUUUGGAUUAUUUUAUAAUUGAAGCAACAAUAGACAAACUAGCAACGAGCAGCAUAUUUGUUUCACAACUCUGAAAACAUCUUUGAAAAAAACAAAACAAUGAGCAGAAUAAUUUACAAGGCAAAGCGUCUAUUUGAAUUUGCAUUCUGUUCUGUUAUGCUGCUCAGCAUUGUCUACUUCAUACCUACAUCAGUAAGGUACUUGGAAGGGAUAAUCCCCAUGGACCAAUGUCAUCUAGCCCCUGGAGAGAAACUGAAACUAGGGGACAAUAUAGAUGCCUCACUAGACCUCUGGUCGAGGGGAGAUGUUCAGACCUGCACCACAUGGGGGGCUCCUGUGAUCUGGGAGACGAUGUUUGAUCCAGACAAUUACGACCAGGCGCACAGCAGGAACCACUCCUCUGUCACUCUCACCGUAUUCGCUGUGGGCAGGUAUCUGGAUGCCUACCUGGAGAAGUUCCUUCUCUCUGCCGAGCGUCAUUUUAUGGUGGCUUUACCCGUCACAUACUAUGUGUUCACGGAUAUGCCGGAGAAGGUGCCAAACAUCGCGCUUGGAGCCAGACGGAGCCUGAAAGUUAUAAGGGUGCCAACAUAUUCUCGUUGGCAGGACAUCUCCAUGAUGCGCAUGAGGACAAUUGCAGAAGUCAUCGAGUCAGAGAUUCGUCACCACAGCCAGUAUGUCUUCUGCUUCGACGUGGACCAGGUGUUUGUGGGUCGGUUCGGAUCUGAGGCACUGGGAGACACUGUGGCUGUGCUCCACGCCUAUUAUUACCACCGGCCACAUUUCAUGUACACCUAUGACCACAACCCCAGGUCCAGGGCUUACAUGGAGACUGGGGACUUCUACUAUCAUGCUGCUGUGUUUGGAGGCUCGUGGCAGAGUGUGAGGAAUAUGACAAGGACCUGUUACCUGGCCAUCAUGGAGGACAAGGAGAACCAGGUGGAGGCUCUGUGGCAUGACGAGAGCCACCUCAAUAAAUACCUGUGGGUGCAUAAGCCUAGCAAAGUUCUGUCUCCUGAGUACUGCUGGUGUGGCGAUAUCGGCUACCGUGCUGACAUUCAAAAGGCCCGCUUACUCUGGGCAAAAAAACAAUAUGACACACUCCGGGUUACAGUGUGAACCUCUGUGUGAUCAUCUAAUGUGCAAAGGUGCUUCUGAAUGUGGUUUCAUUAAGUAAUGACCAGAUUGAGAGUGCACAGGUUUACUUUUUCACAGAAUUGCACUGAAUUAAUGCUGCACUGAAUCUUUUUUUUUAUUGUAAUUAAAGUCAGAUUUAAAAUACAA